UGGGAAGCCGUGUCCUCCUUUCAAGAUCAUCAUCCUGGACGAGGCGGACUCCAUGACGGGGCCGGCCCAGGCGGCUCUGAGGCGCACCAUGGAGAAGGAGUCCCGCACCACCCGCUUCUGCCUCAUCUGCAACUACAUCAGCAGGAUCAUCGAGCCCCUUACCUCCAGAUGUUCCAAGUUUCGCUUCAAACCUCUGUCCAAUCAGAUCCAAGAAGAGCGGCUGCUGGAUAUCUGUGAGAAGGAGAGCCUUAAAUACAGCAAAGAGAGUAUAGCAGCGUUAGUGACGGUGUCUGAGGGGGAUCUGCGGAAAGCCAUCACCUUCCUGCAGAGUGCGGCACGCCUCAACAUGGACAGGGAGAUCACAGAGAGCGCCAUCAUUGAAAUAGCUGGGGUCGUCCCUCCCAAGAUGAUUGACGGCUUGCUCCAGAUAUGCCUCUCAGGAACUUUUGAGAAACUAGAGGUCGCAGUCAGGAACAUGGUGGAUGAAGGCUACGCAGCCACACAGAUCCUGGGUCAGCUCCAUGAGGCUGUCAUAGAGCACGACCUGAGUGACAAGCAGAAGUCAGUCAUAACAGACAAGAUGGCGGUUGUGAGUAAGUGCCUGUCGGACGGUGCGGAUGAGUACCUGCAGAUGUUGAGUCUCUGUUCAGUCAUCAUGCAGCAGGCCUCCCAGCACAACUGAAGCAUCACACAGCAGAACUGUGGUCCGCUCCCAGCAGGGCCAGCAUGAGACAGCAGCACUUCACCCCCAUUCAGCUCAGAUCACAGCUGGGGAGGUCCAGCAGUAGAUUCCACAUGAUAGUGGUGUCAGUUACUGUCAGAAAACACAGCUGACAAUGUCUCCAUCUGUGUCUUCCUCCACUUAAGAUGAUUACUCCAACGUGCUUAAAAAAUCUGUUGCCAUCAAAUGUCUCUUUAUUCAUUUCCAUGAAUGUAACUACUGACCAACAUAUCUUUGCACACUUUUUGCAUUUUUGGAAAGUAAUAAACUACUUUUUGUAUAUUUUUA